GGUCGGGAGCAGAGGGAGAGAGAGAGAGAGAGACAGACAGAGAGAGAAGGACAGGCAUGGAGGAAACCUAACCCACAGCAGAGCAGGGAGGGUGGGAGGCAGAGAAUUGCCACAUCACAGGCUGGAUUGGUGUAAAUAAAGAGGAUUAAAAGCAAAGGAGAUGGCCACCCAUUUGCAUUUGCAAUUUUCCGGGCAAGUGUGUGCUGGGUUUUAAAUACAACUGGAUCUGGACGGCCAGCAGACUACUUGGAGAAAGACAGGGAGAGAGAGAGAGGGAGAGGGAGAGAAAUAAUCAUCAUAUCUAAGGGAGAAGUGAUGCACACAAAACGGGAGAGAGAGGUUGCUGGUGUGUUUUGCAAGGCUGCUCGGUGGGGAUUGCAGAUUCUUGAGCUGCUCUGCAGGGAUGGAGACGGUGAAUGGGAGCUCGGAGAUUAAGCAGCAGCAGCAGCAGCAACAAUAUGUGGAGAAGAAGCGGCUGAACCGGGCUCCCUCCCCGGCCAGACCUUUGAAGGAUCUUCACUGCCGGGCUUCUGCUGCCAAGCCCUGCCUGCCAUCCAAGUCGGGGGGAUUGUCUUCGUCGUCCUCAUCUUCCUCGCCGACCCUCUCUCUCUCCAAGCACCAUCAGCAGCAGCAACAGGUCCCCGGGGUGCUGGCUCCUCAGAACCGGCCGUCCAGACGGAGCAGCGCCCUGGGAGCCAAGGACAAAGCCUCGUCCGCCGGCAAAGCGGGCUCCCCCUCGGCCAAGUCGCCGCUGUCCGCCUCCCACUUCACCAAAAGGGCUUCUUCCAAAGUGCACCAGGAUAAAGGCAAACAUCAGCACCACCACCACCACCAGCAGCAGCAGCAGCAGCAGCAGGGAGGCGAGCAUCACCACCACCACCACCACCACAAGAGCCAGGUGAGGAAAGCCAAGAAAUGCCUCCUGAUCGAGGCCAGCCCCGGGGCAGCUCCUUCCUCACUGGCCGGCAUGGGGCUGGCCAAGAUCAGCCACACCGACAGCAGCUCCGACCUGUCGGACUGCGCCUCCGAGCCGCUGUCGGACGAGCAGCGCCUGGCCCCGGAGCUGGCCACCACCAGCGACGCCGAGUCCUGCACCGGCUCCAGCGACGCCGAGAGCGGGAGGAAGGGCCGGGAGAACCGGGAGCAGCAGGCGGCCGGAGCGCACCUCAGCCCCGAGCAGCAGGAGGAGCAGGAGCGGCAGCAGCAGCAGCAGCGCCGGUCCCCGGUCAAAGCCGGCAAUCCCGCCGACGGGGAACAAGGGCUGAGAACGGGGAAGGCGAGGCACGAGCAGCCGGCUGGCAAAGCCUCCAGCCCGGCUGAGCUGCUGGAAAGCGGAGGGAGGUUGCUGCAGCAGGAACUGCUGAGAGAGAUCGAAGAACUCCGGUCAGAAAAUGACUACCUGAAGGAUGAGCUGGAUGAGCUCCGGUCAGAAAUGGAAGAAAUGCGGGACAGCUAUCUGGAGGAGGAUGUAUAUCAACUGCAGGAACUCCGCAGAGAAUUGGAUCGUGCCAACAAAAACUGUCGGAUACUGCAGUACCGACUCAGGAAAGCUGAACAAAAGAGCUUGAAAGUUGCUCAGACUGGCCAGGUUGACGGCGAGCUGAUAAGAAAUCUGGAACAAGAUUUGAAGGUUGCCAAAGAUGUGUCCGUGCGCCUGCACCAUGAGCUGGAGAGCGUUGAGGAAAAACGUGUCAAUGUGGAGGAUGAAAACGAGUCCCUUCGGCAGAGACUGAUUGAAGUAGAAAUCUCAAAGCAAACACUGCAGAAUGAGCUGGACAGGAUCAAAGAGAGCUCUUUGAAGAGAAGAGGAAGCCGAGAGCUUUACAAAGAUAAGAAAAGUGCUACUCAGGAAGAUAGUGCUGACCUCAGGUGCCAGCUCCAGUUUGCAAAGGAGGAAGGCUCUUUGAUGCGCAAGAAAAUGGCAAAACUGGGGAGGGAGAAGGAUGAAUUGGAGCAUGAACUACAGAAGUACAAGUCCAUCUACGGGGAUGUGGACAGUCCACUUCCCACCGGAGAGGCCGGAGGACCCCCCAGUACCAGAGAGGCUGAGCUAAAACUGCGCCUGAAACUUGUGGAGGAAGAGGCCAACAUUCUGGGCAGGAAGAUCGUUGAGCUGGAGGUGGAAAAUAGGGGGCUCAAGGCCGAGAUGGACGACAUGAAGUGUCAGCACGAUAAGGACUGCCUUAACCGGGAAUACGUUUCAAGCAUUCCUACCUCACCGCAUGGCGACUCAGUUGAGUCCGCCACGGAACUGCGACGGCACCUGCAGUUCGUGGAGGAAGAGGCUGAGCUGCUGCGGCGCUCCAUCAGUGAGAUUGAAGACCACAACAAGCAGCUCACCAACGAGCUCAACAUAUUGAAGUGUGGACCCGGCCAGGAGCCCACUUGGAUCGAGGACGGUGCACUGAAAUCCGGCGGAUCCCUUCAGGAAGAGCUGAAAGCGGCUCGGCUCCAGAUUAAUGAGCUGAGUGGCAAAGUGAUGAAGCUCCAGUACGAGAACCGGGUGCUGAUUUCCAACGUGCAGCGCUACGAUCUGGCGUCGCACCUCGGCCUCCGCACUGCCAGCCCCAGGGACAGCGACGCUGAGAGCGACCCGGGGAAGAAGGAGAGCGAUGGCGAGGAGAGCAGGGGUCCGCCCCAGCCCAAAAGAGAGGGGCCCAUCGGCGGUGAGAGCGACUCGGAAGAGGUCUGUGAGAAAACAUCUGGCUGUGGGAGCAGCAAGCCCUCCGACAUCGCCGACAUUUGCACCUUGGAACUGCUGAGGAAGAGAGAAGAUACGGAGUCUCUCAUCAACAUCAAACGCGAAGCCGAGCGUCUGGGCAGGACUGUAGACCGCCUUAUUACAGACACCGACAGCCUGAUCUACGAUGCCAAGCUGCUGGUGACGAGCGCUGCCUCGGACCAGGGGUUCAAUGAAGACGGGGAGAGAAGUGAAAGCAGAAACGAGGCUGAGCUUUUGGAUACAAUCAACACCAGGAUGAAGGCAUUUCGCUCGGAGUUACACACCUUCAUGGAAAAUGUUGACCAUCUCGGGGAAGGGCUCAGGGAACAAAUGGAUGACCUGUCGCCAAUGCCAAAUCUGACAGAGUCUGCCAGCUUCCUUUCCUCGGUGACGUCCAUGUCUCGAGACUCUCCUGUUGGCACACUGGGGAAGGAGCUUAUCACCGACUUCCAGUCCAAACUGAGGGACCAGCCAGAUUGGCAGCUAGUCCCUGAUCACAGAGAAGAGCAAGAGACCCUCCAGACUCGAGGCGCCAUGGACCAAAUCCGCAAAGCUGAUGGAGACUACAAAAUAUGUAGGACAGAAGAUGAGAGCUGUUUCCAUUCAGAGCUCAGGGAAUCCCGUGUUUUACCGGAACAGGACCUAUCCGUUCAAGAGCUACAGGUUCGUCUGGAACAGGAAAGACAGCUUCGGGAGGAUGAAAACGAAAAAUUCACCAGCAAGAUCAUCCAGAUUGAAGAAGAGAACCAGAAGAACCUGCUGAGGAAAGACUUUGAAGUACAGAGUCUAAACUUGCAGAACAGACUGGAGCAGAAGUCAUGGAGCCAUGAGAGGACCCUGCUGCUGCAGGAGAUGAGAAUGUUCAAACAGAGCACGUUCCUGUUCUACGUCAAACUUAAAUGGCUGCUCAAACACUGGAGGCAAGGCAGGAAGAGAGAAUAUGGUGGGGAGGACAUAUUGGAGUUUGAACAGAUUGAAAACUUGCCUGAACUGAACCUGCUUCUUGAACAGAAAGAGCUAGACCCUGACCAAGAGGAUAGUGGCUGUGUGCUGACUGAAUACUCCCAACUUUCCUCUGCAGAGAGUGAUGACCAUAGACCACAACUACAAACAAAAGAGUUACUUCAACACCAAAAGCAGGCCAGAGAAAACCGAAGGAUUCUGAUUGCUCUGAAGUCUAUUUUGGAGGAGUUUGGUGCUGAGCUCAGCGACGAGGAGAAGCGUCGCUACGAACUACAGCAGCAGUAUGCUAAUGAAAAAGCUGCCUGGGAAAUGGAAUACACCGAGCAAAAAUGUCAACUUGCCCAGUUUGAAGAGCGGGUCGGGAAGCAGUCUGCCAAGAAGGGCUCCAUUGAUCCCAAAGAAGUGUUCAAGCGGGAGAGGGAGGAGCACCGGAAGCUGUUGGCCGACAGUCACAGUCAGGUGAUGGAUCUCCACUGGCAGCUGCAGCACUCUGAAAAGAACUGGAAACAUGAGAAGGUGGAGCUGCUGGACAGGUUUGACCGAGAGCGACGAGAGUGGGAAUGGCAGAUGAAGGAGCUACAGAGCAAACUGGAGCAGGCUCUGAAUGAAAUAUGUGAGACCAAGGACACGGCUGAGUUCCAAGAAAAAGAAACUCGGAAAGCAAAUCUUCAGAGGGCAAAGUCGGUUUCCUCCAUGUCAGAGUUCCAACGCUUGAUGGAUAGCUCCCCUUUCCUCCCUGAGAAGCACUUACCUGGUAGUCCUGAGCUACAGAUAGGCAUCACUAAGGAUGAGACGACCCCACCUUUGUCUCCAGAUGACCUGAAGUACAUUGAAGAGUUCAACAGAAAAAACUGGGAGUACACCAACAGGGAUAAACCAAAAGAAGCCUGGACAGAAAAGACUGAAAGUGAGAAAAUGGUUAGCAGUUUACCCCCGGAACCUUUCCAAGCUGCCUCAUGGUACCUCACAACUAGCGCCACUAUGACAACGAACACAACGAGCAGCCAAGAUUACAAUCAAAAGCAGCUACAAUGGAGCAGCAUGGUUCCAGAUAAAAUUGGAGUGCGACUCUAUCACAGCCCACCACUCAUCCGCAGGUUUGAUGAGUCAGCACAUCCUAAUAAAGAUGGGACAAAAGUAGUUGAUUCAGAUUAUGCCUUUCCCAAGAUCAAAUCAAAUGGGAAUGUAGUUGAGCCAAAGGGAGGAUCGCCUGAUGUAUUUGGAAGAUGGCCAUGUGACAUUGGCAAGCACCACAAAGAUCUACUAGAGGGUGGGCUCCGCCCCAUGGAGCACCCAAUCUGUAGUACUGUUGGCUUUGCUUCAUCCCUCCAUGACCUUAAAAUAUCUGGUAAUAUGAGUGAUGACAUGAAGGAAGUAGCUCAUUCAGUCAUAAGCCGAAUACGUUCUAACUCAAUGGAGCCCCAGUUCAAAGACAUUGCAUGUCAGACUAAUGGUGUCACGAGUACAGGAACACAGACCACCCAGACCAUCAGUGUAGGUCUGCAGACAGAGUGCCUUAGGAGCAUCAGCAGCAGUCCACACAAGUGUUUGACACCAAAGGGAGGCUCAACUCCAGUGUCAUCGCCCUCGCGAAGUUUGCGGAACAAACAGGUGGCUCCUGGAGUUGAGAAAAUGCAGGCAAAAUUUGAACGUGCAUGCUGUUCACCAAAAUACGGCUCGCCAAAGCUGCAAAGAAAAAUUCCAACAAAACCUGAUCAGCCUAAAGAUCGAAUUUUGCCCAACAAUCCACAGAAGGGAUUUACUGAAUCAGCCUGGGCCAGAUCGACUACCACCCGAGACAGUCCAGUUCACACUACCAUUAAUGAUGGCCUUUCGAGUUUGUUCAAUAUCAUAGAUCACACGCCUAUAGUUUGUGACACUGUACAGAGGUUGUCCAGGACCAUAAGUAGGUCUAAGCCCGCAGAACCCAGGUCAAAUUAUGUCUUAGUUCAAGAGUUUUUGAAGAGUGUCCGAGGCAGAUCGCCAAGUCCUGUCAUGGCCAUAGAAUCAGAGAUGGAAGGAGAUGGUGAGGAUCUCAUUGCAAGGCAGGGACUGUCUCUUUCUCCAGGAUACACGCUUACUGAAAACUCUGCCAGGAUUUUAAACAAACAACUUAUUGAACAGGCCUUUAAUGAGGAACAAAGUCCAGCUAAGAACAACCAGAAACCUGCCAAUGAUGAUACGAAGGCAGAAGAUGCAGAUGGAGCUUCCCCAGGCUCCCUUGAGGAGUUACCUUGGUCCUCAGUAGCUCCACCACUAGAACCCUGCUUCUCACGCCCUGCCAGACCAGCCAACCAACGUCCACCGUCACGAUGGGCUUCACGCUCCCCCUCUGCUUCCCGGUCUCCGUCCUCUGGGGAUUUAGCUUGCGCCGGGCAACCCAGAAGCAGUGAAGCACAUGCAACAGAGUCACGUCAUGACACAGAGCACAAGAGUGCAUGAUCCACGGGUCAAUAAUAAGAAGCACUGAAAUUCACAGUCACAGCAACUCUACAAAGUGGCCGAUCCCAGUCAGCAGUUGAAGUUCUAAGGAUUCAACAGAUCAGAAAUGGAGAAGUAAAUGUUGUGUAGCAGAACUAUCAAACAAUGGAUAUGCCUGUACUGCAAAUUGAGACCAGCCAGCAUCCAUUGGCUGUAAAGAUGGAGAUUUCUUUGCUUGCAGUUUAGGAGUCUCUGUUAUUUUUUUCUUUAGCCAUUGUGGAGAGUAGACAAAGUGGUUUGAAAUGUAUGCAGAAAAGACCAUGAAGGGCCCCCUCCCGCUUCCCUGUCUUCCACCAUUUAAAAUGUUCAGUGAGGAUUUGUUCUUUCACUGCUGCUUACAGGAAGAAGCCAAGUUAAAUUUUUAAUCCAUGUGAUGUGUAUUCAGUGUGGUUUUCCUGGCAGCUGGAAACCCAAUGGUAACAGCGCUGAGCCCCUUGUUGAGGUGGAGAACACAAGUUUAACGCACACAGGGCUACUUGUUAGCCAGAUCUGUGGUGGCAGUUGGGAUGAGUUUCUUGGACCAGACUGUUGGCUAUAGGAUCUUACGUUCCACCAGUGGGCAAGGGGGAGAGAUGGCAACCCACGUGGUUGGUCCCGUCCAGUCAAAGUUGCGCCUUCUGUUUUGCUGACCACUGAGCAGCGGUGGAUGUAAUGGUGGCUGUGGAGAUGUCUACAGCUCAGGUUGCUCUGCCACCCUUGAAGGUUGCAUGGAGACAUUAGGUCAAGUCAAAUGGGGGAAUUUUCUUCCCGGUGAAAACUUCCAAUAAAUGCAAAAAAAACGUUAAAAAGUAUUAUCUACAAUAAAAUUUGUAACUAUUAUAUCAACAAAGUCUUGUAAUUCAUUGCUUACAUUAGUAUCCACAGUGUUACCAUACAGCGUUGCACACCUCAAUAUGACGGUUAUAGUGUCCAGGUAUUUGCCCGUAAAAUGUAGACUCCAUAUAACAGGAAGAAGAGAAAGAAAUCAGAAUCCUGAGAGGUUGAAAGGGUUGGAGUGGUCUCUCAGUAAUUUGGGCUGCCUUUUUUUUACAUUGCACUGUAUUGUUUUUCAUGUAAAAUAGUCCUAAUACUAUUCUUUUACAAAGCAUUAAUUUUAUUCUACAUUUGAUGCCAGUGAAACUUUGUAAAGUGCUUUAUAUUGAUUGAAGCAUUAGUUAUAUUGUUGCAAAGAGCCGCCAGUGCACUCGAUGAAAGCGAGCUGCAGCGUACAUAUGUAGGGACAAGAAAAAGAAGUUAUAUCGAAUAGAGUUUUUUAUUUUCUUUUGCUAGAGCAAAAGGCAGAAAAAAAGAGAUACAGACAGUCUUAAUAAGUUAGAUGUAAGAUGGUACAAUACUUGACUUGCAUGCCAUUGGGUCCAUAGCACUUUAGUGCAUGUAUAUAGCUACUGUACCCCAACAUCACUCAUAAAUAUGAGGAACAAAAGGACAAAGAAUCCACUGUAAUGAAGUUGUGAGGUUAAUCAUGUACUGUAUUUUAAUUAUUGGUGUUUCUUGCAUUAACUAGGGAGAAAGCAUUUUUAACUAAAUUAUUGUAACUGUCUGUGUACAGCAUUGAUAAUUUUUGGAAAAUAUUGAAAUAUUGUUCAAACUGAAUAUUGUCAUGGAUGUCUUUAGGGUUCAGUGUAAGAGAUAACUUACCCGUAAAUAAAAGUCCGAAUUUCCAACA